GGAAGCCUUGGCUCUGGUUCGCGGACUCGAUGUGGUCUGCUUCGGCGUGUAGUGCGGCGGCGGGUCUCUUGGGGGCGCUCUCCGCCUGCUCGGCCAAGCUUGCCCUGGGUGCGGAUCACCUGCGGGAUCUGUGUGAAGAUGUAGUUGGGGAGCAGGGAGGGGUUUGUGAAUGGAUCCACCUUCUCCUUCGCCUUUGCUGCAUCUGCCUGGUGUUCCUCUGCAAUGCUGUAAUGUGGACCUUCUUUGCAAAAGCCUUAAGACUCUCUUCUUCUUCAGCUACUGCGACAGUGACAACGACUGCCUCAAAUUUUGUAUCUUCGGCUUUCCUGGGCAAGGUGCUGUUUGGAGAAUCACGCGCUCUACUCUGGUGGGUGGGCAUUUCAAUAACAUUAUGCGGACUUCUCUUGCUCCAUAAGCAAACUCCACCAUCAAAAGAUGAAAGUGAAACCAAGAAAGAAAGUUAAACUAUGAAGGAAUAUACCUAGUGCUACAGAAGAUAAAUGAUACAUGGAAACACUAUGAUCAAUGCUUUACCUACAUUAAACUUAUAUAUAAAAUUAUAGGAGCAUAGAUGUUUUACUUUUCAUUGUUCUGAUUACAUGGUUUCCUUGCCACUAAGAAUGUUUGAUUGGUUGUGGUCUGUACAUCUCGCAUAACAUAUUGUUUCAUUGAGAUAAAAAAACAUCGAUCAGGUAGCAGCUGCUGUACUAGAAAUGAACAUCGUAAUGAAAAUGAUAAUUAUCUCAUUACCUGGCUGAGGAUAUAUCCUGUCAAAGAGCAGGUUGUUUGUGUACAUCAUGCAUCUGAUGCAUUUGCUAAUAAGCAAAAGUAUUUUGUCUUUCUUGGGGGUGGCUGGCAAUUCAGAUGAAGACUGGGAAGUUGAUGCACAAUGUGGACACAGAAUUUCAGGGUUUUUCUCUACCUUUUCACGUCGGGUAUAUUUUGGGAUGGAUGCUGAACACUUAGCUAGCUAGAACAGGGAAAA